CCCGGCGGGGCAGCGGGAACGGCGGGGCCGCGCUGCCGCCGCCCCGCUCCCCCCCGCGCAGCGCCCGGCGAAACCCAGGGAGGGGAGGGGAGGGGAGAAGGGCCGGUGCCGGCCGGGCUCCGCGGCCGAGCCCUCCCGGGGCUCGCUGCCGGUGCCGCUGACCUACUUUCCGCCGGCUCCUCCCGGCGGAGGGUACCGGCGCCACCUGCCCUGCCCGGGCUGCGCCCCUUCUGCGCCCGUCCUUCGCUCCGUCCCGGCGCUGCCCGCCCCGGUGUCGGCGGGGAGGGGAGGAGGAGCGCGCCUGUGCAGUGCCGGGGGGACGGGCUCAGCCCGCCGCCGCGUUACACAACCGCCCGCCGCAAUCGCCGACUUUCACAAGUCCCGCCGCAGCUCGCCGGUAGCCCGCACCCACCGGGCGACCACCCACCUCCCCACCGCGCCAGCCCUGCCCGCCCUCAUGCCAUGUCUCCUGCGGGCAGCGGGACCCCGCGGCGGGCGGUAACCCCCGGCGCCGGGGGGGCACCGCGCCGGGGCUGGGCAUGGCACUGAGAGCGGCUGCGGGACGCGCAUCCUCCGACACGAGGGCUGAGCCUUGUCAUUAGUGGAGAAAAUGUGUCAACACAGAAAAAGAUUAAUUUUUCUCCGUCUCUAUUUACAUGGUGAUAAGAAGUGCUAAUCCUACUCCGUCAGUCUGGACUGAUGAAUCUGAGGAAUAGAACAGAGCCCUGUGUUGUGUAGACGAACUGAUGGAUGAAGAUGAGAAGGACAGGGCAAAGAGGGCAUCACGCAACAAAUCUGAAAAGAAGAGGAGAGACCAGUUCAAUGUCCUCAUCAAAGAGCUUUGCACGAUGCUGCAGGGCCACGGCCACCCUCUCAAGAUGGACAAGUCCACAAUACUGCAGAGGACCAUCGACUUCUUACAGAAACAGAAAGAAAUCACAGCACAGACAGAAGCCUGUGAGAUUAGACAAGACUGGAAGCCUUCAUUUCUUAGCAACGAGGAGUUCACCCAGUUGAUGUUAGAGGCACUAGAUGGCUUUCUCAUUGCUCUUACCACUGAUGGGAUUAUUAUUUAUGUAUCUGAUAGUGUCUCAUCUCUGCUUGGACACUUACCGUCAGAUUUGGUGGACCAAAAUAUAUUAAACUUUCUGCCUGAGCGGGAGCAGAGCGAGGUGUACAAGCUCCUUUCUCCACAUGUGCUCAUGACCGAUCCUGUUGCAGCUGAUUUUCUAAACGCAGAAAAACAAAUAGAGUUUUGCUGCCAUUUAGCAAGAGGCAGCUUAGACCCAAAUGAACCCCUGAUGUAUGAAUAUGUGAAAUUUGUAGUGGAUUUUAAAUAUUUUACUCAUGUGCCUACACCCUCCUGUAAUGGCUUUGAGUCAGCUAUUGCACGAGCUUUCAGGUCAGCCACGGAGGAGCAGAUUUGCCUCGUAGCUACCGUUCGUCUUGUCACACCGCAGUUCUUAAAGGAGCUCUGCAAUGUUGAAGAGCCAUGUGAAGAAUUUACAUCGAGGCAUAGUUUGGAAUGGAAGUUUUUAUUCUUGGACCACAGGGCUCCGCCUAUUAUAGGAUAUUUACCCUUUGAGGUUCUGGGAACGUCAGGGUAUGAUUACUACCACGCAGAUGACCUGGAGCUUCUUGCUAGGUGCCAUGAACACUUGAUGCAGUUUGGAAAAGGCAAGUCCUGUUACUAUCGGUUCCUGACCAAAGGCCAGCAGUGGAUAUGGCUGCAGACACACUACUACAUCACCUACCACCAGUGGAAUUCCAAACCCGAGUUCAUCGUUUGCACUCACCUGGUAGUUAGUUAUGCAGAAGUUCGAGCUGAGAGAAGGCGAGAUCUUGGCCUUGAAGAGUCAUCAAUUGAACUGGCAUCCUCUUCUCUAAAGAGCCACAGCAGCUAUCUGGACGUGGGGCAGUGCGGCAGCAGCCAGGACGCCAGCCGGGAAGGAGUGUCACUGUCGUCCCACAGCUCCCGGCGCUCCUCGCACACCGCCCUCUCCGACUCGGCGUCCACGUCAUCCAUGCGGCACACGGACACCAGCACUCCCACCCGGCCGUCGGUGCCGGGGGGGCAGGCGGAGAAGGCAGCCCUGCGGCUGGCGUCAGCUGGAAGCGCUCAGGCCAUAGCAGCUCCUCAAGCCCCUGGUGAACACCUCCCUCAGCAUCCCGUGGCUCAGCCGGCAGUCCCCUCUCAGCACGCUGUGAUGCCCGUGUACCAUUUCCCGACCCAGCUGGGGAUGAUGCAUCAGCUGAAAGAGCAGCUGGAGGAGAGGACUCGCAUACUGCAAGCUGACAUCAAGACGCAGCAAGAAGAGCUCCACGUCAUCAAGGAGCAGCUCCAGCUAGUGCAGGACUCCAACCUGCAGAUGCUGAUGCAGCAGCCGAUCCCUGUUGUCUUUAACAACGUGCAGCACCCAAGCCCCAGGAGGCCGCCGCCGCCGGGGACGCCCAGGCAGACCACAGCCAAGAAGUCGCAACAGCAAGGCCUUAUGGGGACGAAGCACUACUGCAGCACCCACCUGCUGUCACCGCGCCAAUUCCUCAGGGACCCCUGCGGCACGGCCGCCCAGGUGCAGCAGCAGCAGCAGCACCUAAUGAGAGGAAACCAAGCCCAGCAAACGUGUCUGCCAGGGCAGACGAGCAUUUCAGUCCCCCUCUACAACAACCCCAUGGUGUUUUCACAAACACAUCCCAUUGCGGUGGCUGCACAGAUGCCGGCUGACGGCAGCGAAAGGCAACCGCAGUCUGACUACAGCCAGGACAGGAGCCUCAGGAUGCUGCUGGAUCAGUCUAUCCAAGCCAUGAUGCCCGCCGCCAACGGCAGUGGCCAGCCCGCGCAGAGCAGUGCCAGCAGGCAGCAAGGAAAGUUCGUUGCAGAGCAGCAGAUCUUGCCUCCCCCGAUACAGAUGCAACCGAUUACCUGUAGCACCGUCCGACCUCCAGCCCCGUCGCCCAUUUUCUCCCCGUCGCUGAUGAUCCCACACACCAGCUUCACGUCCCACCAGGCAAACACACCGGUUCAUCUCCACCAGUGGCCACAGCAACAGGUUCAGCAGCACCGUCUCUACCUUCAGAUGCAAGGACCCGAGCCGGUGCCUGGGGGUCCGACACAGCGCAUUUUCCAGUCCCCCCACACCCCGCAGCAGAACCCCCUGAGCUGCUUCCUCCACCCGCAGCAGCAGAGCCGCCACGCGCAGGGCCAGCCCUGCAACCUGCCCGACCUGCCCGAGAUGCAGCUGCCGUGAACGCCAGGUCCACCUUGCAGGGACCACCUUGGCCACAGCCGCUCAGCACCCCGGGGCGCACACAGAGAGAAGAGGAGGUCGCCGCCAUCAGAGCAUGGGACCGGUGAGGUCGGGCCCCGCAGGGAAGGUGGUGGCUGGAGGGACGGUCCCCGCCGGGGACGGAUGGAUCCGGGGGCACCUCGGAUGGCCCUGGGGGCACCUCGUCAAUUGGGAUUUCCAGGCAGCUGUGAUGCUGCUCUGGCAGCCGUGCGUGCUCUUGCCCAGCCCAGUGGUACAACUGGAAGGCGAUGGCUUUCUGGCUGCAGGGAGGUUAUUUAUCAGGUCGCCACGAAGAUUGCUUUGCAACCGAGGUAAACCUUUUCCAUUCAGGACUUCAAUGCUGAAAGUCACUGUGAAUUUAAGCCCAGCACGUGGAGCACAUACACAGACUGUACCGGUCCGCAGGACGCCGUUGGAUUACCGUGUACAUAACUCGUUUUGCUGUAGUAGGUCCAUUGUGGAUUUUUUUUUUUUUUUCCUUUUUUCUAUACCUCAGUCCCGCAAUUUUUUGUUUUCCAGGAGAUUGGAUAAUGCUGCUAAUUUACAUAACACCACUUUUGCCUGAAUUUCUUACUGUUGUUAUACCAGCUCACAUCGCAGCUAGUAAGAUAUUUGUCGUGUUUUAUUUUGGUUAACAAGUGCAGAUAAAUUUAUAUGGUUUUUACUCCCUGUAGCCAGAUAUUUUUCAGGUUACAGACAAAGAAUCCUUACUCCUCCUUUUUUUUUUUUUUGGUUGUUUUGUUUCAAGUGAGGUAGUUGUAUGUGUUUCUAUACAUGAAAACAAACAAACAAGCAUAGAACAGCAUAUGACGGCAAACUUUGUGGGUUUGCUAGAUCAUGUUUCAAUUUGGCGAACGUGAAACGUGUGAUCACAACGACACAAGCGAUGUUACAAGCCCGUAGGGUCAGCAAUAAAUUGUAUUUUUGUAAAUUGUCACUUUUUAACUAUAAUUUUAUAUUUAUGAAUGGAAAAACCAGUUUAUUCCUCAGUGGGUGUAUAGUUAAGUGUCCCUACUGUUUGUGUCUUUCCAAAGGAAAAAUGAAAUGUACAUUUUUGGGGGCGUUAGUAGUUGAGUGCUAACUUUGGUCACUGUUAGAGCCCAAGCGUAGGCGAUGGGUUAGGACAUUACUAUAAGCUUUGCAAGAAAAGGGUGAGUUAGGACGAGGUCCAUCGAGCGGCAAAGCUCCAUCUAGCAGUAGGAACAAGGUUUAGGGACGGGUCAGUUGGAAACCUCUGUCGAAUCCAAGCAAAAUGCACCUUUUUUCUUUUUUUUUUUUUCUUUUUUUUGGCGUUUGUUUGCUUUUUCCCUCGUGCGAGCCACUUGCUCGGCUCUUUGCAGCGGCUGGAGGCUGGUGCUUACGGAUGGAGCUUUGGGACCCCAAGCAGCCCCGUGUUUCAAGAAAAGGGGGGAAGUGGGAAAGUUAGCAUGCAAGAAAAAAAUAAAAAUAGGUAUAGCUAAGGGUAUCUAUAGCUAGAGAUAUCUAGUGCUGUAGAUAUAGCUCUAUCUCUAGCUAGCUCGCUUCCUCCCACCAGCCACGCAUUUUCUGCGCUGCAGCACUGGGAGGAUUCCGUUAUCUCUGGGGCCAGACGUGGGCGCAUGGGCUCGAUAGCGGCGGCGGGGGGGUCAGAAAACCCUGACUGUUUCAGCCUGACUGAAGCAGGUUGUGGCAGCCCGAGUUUUCCCGGAGAGCUCAGGAGCGAAACGGGAGGGCGGCAGAUCUGCCCCGCACUCGGCUUUGGCUGCAGCCUUCGUGGCUGGCGAGGCCGCGAAGGCCACCCCCCACACAAGGGGCUGUUUCCCACCCGCCGGGUUUUUCCUGAGGAAGGGGAGGGGGUUUUGAUGUGCCGCAUCGCCCGGAAUGGCGGCGGGAGGACAGGCUGCCGGAGCAGCGUGGGAGCUUUCGCGGGGCCGGUGCGGGGCACGGGGCUGUUUUGGCUGGGGCAGGGGUGGGCAUGCGAACAAAAGCUGUGCGAGCCCCCAGCUUUUCACGGGGCACCCCCUCCCUUGGCAAAAGCAUCGGCAUGGGUUGGCUUUGGCUGGGGCAUUUGGGCACACACCUCCCGGGGGUGCCAGCGGUGAUGGAGCGUGGGUGGCAGAGCAGCCUCCUGGCCACCAGCAGCGUUUGGGGGAGCGCAGUGGGCCAUAGCAUGGCGCCGUGGAGUUGCCCAGCAGCCCGUAGCCCUGGGGCUACGAUAGCAGGGCGAGUGCCUUGGGAGUGCAUUCCCAGUUGGACCCAGCCCAGCCGGCACACGCAGACCCCGGGCACCACCUGGACUGCGCUCCCCCCCCCCCAAAUUUCAAAGCCCUAUAAAUAAGCGUGGCUACAGCAGAGCCAUGGGCCGGGGUCAUCUCACUGCUGGCGGUGGGACGUGGAGCCCCUGCCUUUGGGUGCAGUCUGGAGCUGAACUAAUAACAGCCCCCACCCUUGGCUCUUGGAGCCCAAGUCCUGGGGAGAGCUGGGGGGGGGGGCAGUGUGUCUGUCUUUGUGCUGCUGCUUCACAUGAGGGGACACAGCAAGGGCCAGCACCCAGCCUUUGAGGUGGGAAAUAUUUUUUUAUUAUUAUUUUUAAAAGCAUUAUUACUUUUUGGGUCUCCCUAUCCCCAAGAGAGCAGGGUUUCUCAUGACGUUGGGGCGGGAGGGGUUGCUGUAUUUUGGAGGGUUGUUUGUGUUUGUUUGUUGUUUUUUUCCCCCCCUUAUCUUGGCACAUAGUGUUAGUGGGGAGGCAAAUAAACGCAUUUACGUUAGGACGCCACUAUUGUGCACACUUUGUGGCCUGAUGUGGCUGGGCGGGGGUGGGGGAAGGCCGUGCAUUUCCCUCCCUCGCCCAUUAAACCUGCAUCCCCCCCCUGCCCCAACCAUGGCUGUUCUGCAGUGUCCCGUCACCGUACGUGACCCCUGGCACGGCAGGUGUCCAUCAAAUGGACCUCGGAGGUGGCGGUGGUUGGGGACAGGGGCGUUGGGGGUGUUCUUUUGAACAGGGCUUGGUAGGGAGGUAGCCAAGGCAGAGUAGCUUUCUGGGGUUGCUGUGGCUUUGGAAGCAAGUCCAACAACAGAGGGUUGGGAAUGGGUUUGGGGGGGCGGUGGGUGUGCCGGACGGGGCUGUGCCAGGGACACAGCCCUUCUGAUGGCAGCCCUGGGCCGCAGGGACGGGGAGGGCUGGCGGGGGGCACUGCCACCCCUCUCGCAGCCUCGCGGCAAGGAGCACAGGUUUGCGGGGAUGUUUACAUGUUAGAUUGGCCUUGCUAAAACAAGAGACCUAAAAUGCACUUUAUCAUGUGUGUCCCGUGUCCCUCCCCCCUCGCCCCCCCCCCAUUUAUUCCCACUGGCCCCCCCCCGCCACUCGCUGAGCUGCUGGCGGGUGGUGGGUGUCUGCGCCAUCCCCAGCGCUCCCGCAGGGGUAGAGCCGUGUUUUCCAGACAUGCUCCAAAGGACAAAAAUCCCCCAGUCCCUUUCCGGGACUUGCUUGGUCCCUGCUCCGUCUGCCUCCAGGCUGGGGGGAAGGCUGAGUCAAGGCCAUGGGGGUUUUGCCUUAUAUUGUCACUCACUCAUUCUCAAAAAAAAUAUACGAAUAAAUAAAUCUCUUUAUUCAGGUUGAUUUGUAUUUGUUUACCUCGGUGUUAACUAAGACCUGUGUUGGUUUUUUUUUUGGGACCCAUUUGGAAUUGAGGGUUGCUGGUGGGUUUGGUUCACAUCCCCCCCGCCAAGGUGCUUCGGCGAAAACACACGCGUUGGUGACAAGCAGAGGGCAGGACCGUGACCGAUGCCACCUGCCUCGGGGCUGGGCUCCAGUGUCGGUGUUGACCUAUUAGUCAUUAAUGUUCUGGGGCUUUCUAGUGCACAAGCACCUAUAUACAAUCGCUCUCUCUAUAUAUAUAGAUAUACCGAUAUAUGUAUUUUUAAUAUACAUAUGUAUGUAUGUGUAUAUCUAUAUAUAAAAAUAUAUGUAUAGGCCACACAAUUCCAGACCUCUGAAAACACAGGCAGCUUUAAUUAAUAAAGUCUUGCACUUUUAGCAUAUUUGUACAUAUAAGCUAAAGCCUGGUGGGUAUAAUCAGGCUGGUUUGACUAACACAGUGAAAAGUGACUGUAUAUUUUGUAUAUACUCCAUGUAAAAAAAAAAAAAAAUAGGAGAAAAAAAAAUCUUAGAAUUGAGUAUAAAUCUUGGUUUAUUUUAUAUGAUGUUGAAUAUAGAUACAUUUAUAAAUGUUACUAUUCUUAAAAGUAUUUUGUAAUGGGGAAAA